AUGAGUUCAUCUAAUGCGAUUGUCUUUUGCUAUCUUCUAAUUGCUUCAGAACUUGCUGUUAGCUGUUAUCACUCCAGCUAUUAUGGAGGUCGGCCUAGAGCAUAUGCGGCUCGAACGGCUGUUCCUCAAGAUAUUCAAGAAAGCCAAGAUCCAUCUAUGCCUACUAUGAGCGAUUAUGAGGAAUUUGAAACGCGCAACAAAAUAAAAUCGUGUAAUGGAGUUAACUACGUACCAUUUACAGCAUCAGAAUUACGAUCAACUGCAUCGCUAUCCAUAUUCGGAGAUGAUCCCCCGUUAAGAGUGGAAGAAGGUGGAAGACUUACUUGCUCUUUUGAUGACAGUCAAGAGUUCUGCAGUUGGUAUAACGUGCCUUCCGAACCAAAUCUGUUGAGGUUUUGGAGAGGAAAAUAUGACAUGCCUUUUGACAAAGAUAGAUUUGACUGCACAACAAUCAGAAGCUUCAACUUUGAUGACUCAUUUUUGGUCGCUGGAGGAGAACCUGUGCUGACACCGCAGAAAGUUGCUCUGGAAUCAGUUAUACCUUGUCAAUAUGAUAUUGCAUUUGUGAGAUUUGACUUUUGGACAAACUCAGAUGAACCCUAUCUGAGAUAUUGCAUUAUACGAAAUGAUGAAGAGACCAAUAUGGAUUGCAGAGAUAUUGGCCCGUCUCCAAAUCCAAUUAAUAUAUCAAUACCUCAAUCAAUGGAACCUUUCAAGAUGCGAAUAGAAGUUAUGAACAUUAAAUCGGAAUCAAUAUUACUACUUGAUAACUUGUACUAUGAAGGACGUAUCUGCCAAUUGGUUGAUGAUGAAAGCGAAAUGAUUUCUCCAUCUCCAAUUGAAAAGGAAAUCGAAACUACCACUAAUCAUGACGAAGCAUCCGAAAAUUUCUUUUUGGAUUCUCUUUUUCCAUAUAAUUCAGUUCAACAAGUCUCUCCAUAUCCUUAUUACUAUCAACAGCAACAAACAGUUCCAACUCCUGCUGCUGCAGAAGGACUUGUUAGUUUUACGGAGGAUCCUCCAACCGUUAUUGAACCAAGUUUGGAGGCAGUGUCACAGACUACACCUCUUCAAGUUCAGCGAGAUGUCGAACAAACAACACCUUCUCCUGUAGAUCAGCUAACAGUCUGUGAAUCCCUCAGUUGCAACUUCAACAAUUUUCAUUCAUGUUUUUAUGGAUUGAGUGGCAUUGGGAGCACAGGACCUUGGGUAGUAGGAGGUCAACUAAUCGGAAAUAGACAUACUGGUAUCCAAAGGAUUAAUCUCAAAGAUGCCCAAGAAGUUGGAUUCGCUUAUGUUGGAGAGGAUGGCGUAAAUCAUAAAGACGAUAUGUACGUUAUGGAAUCUCCCAAGUUCAUAUUAAACAAAAACUUAAACAUUGUUUUUGAUUACUACACUAGAUCAAAAGGUCCAAGAUUAAAAGUUUGUCUGGAUUCGUUCGAUUACUGCCCAUAUGAAUCUCCGGAUGUUAAGGCGCAGGUAUUCUGGCAUACUGAUCAGAAAGUGUUCAUGAGCCCCGGAACAAAAAAAGUUUAUUUCAUUGCUGAAAAUGUUGGGAAGAAUCUUUUUCUUGCUGUCGAUAAUAUAAGACUCGAGACGGAAGCUGGUGAAAACGCCUGUACGAACGAAAUAUUGUAG